GUUGGUGGGAAGCCGUCAAAUCUCAACAACAAAUAAGCGUCUCUCUCUAUUUCACCAAAACCCACCAUUCCCAAUUUCUCAACUUUGAAAAAACCCCAUUUUUGCAUAGAGAGGAUUGCAAUCUUCCCCGAGGAGAGCCAAUGGCGCAAGCGAGCAGAAUCUGCCAUGGCGUCCAGAAUCCACGUGUUAUCCCCAACCUCUCCAAAACCCAUGAACCCAAAUCGCCAUUCUCGGUUUCGCUGAGGACGCAGCAGCUCAAAACUUACCCGAGUUCGUCCUGGGGCUUGAAGAAGAGUGCGAGGAAUCUGGGUGCUUCGGGAAUUCGUCCGGUUAGGGUUGUGGCUUCCGUCAGCACGGCCGAGAAGCCCUCGAAGGCUCCAGAGAUUGUGCUUCAACCCAUCAGAGAAAUCUCGGGUCUGGUUAAGUUGCCGGGCUCGAAGUCUCUGUCCAAUCGGAUUUUGCUUCUCGCUGCUCUGUCUGAGGGAACAACGGUAGUGGACAACCUGUUGAACAGUGACGAUAUCAAUUACAUGCUCGGGGCGUUAAAGACACUAGGGCUAAAUGUGGAACAUGACAGUGAAAACAACCGUGCGAUUGUCGAAGGAUGCGGUGGAAUAUUCCCGGCUGCUAAAGAUUCGAAGGGCGAAAUCGAACUUUUCCUGGGAAAUGCGGGAACAGCUAUGAGGCCACUUACAGCUGCAGUUACUGCCGCCGGUGGCAACGCAAGUUAUGUGCUUGAUGGGGUGCCACGAAUGAGGGAAAGGCCUAUAGGGGACUUGGUUGUUGGUCUUAAGCAGCUCGGUGCAGAUGUCGAAUGUACUCUCGGCACAAACUGCCCUCCGGUUCGCGUAAAUGCAAGUGGUGGUCUUCCCGGUGGAAAGGUGAGGCUUUCUGGGUCUAUCAGUAGUCAGUACUUGACUGCUUUGCUCAUGGCAGCUCCUUUAGCGCUCGGAGACGUAGAGAUUGAGAUCGUUGAUAAAUUGAUUUCUGUCCCAUACGUUGAAAUGACGCUGAAGUUGAUGGAACGUUUUGGUGUCCAUGCCGAGCAUAGUGAUAGUUGGGAUCGUUUCUAUGUCAAAGGAGGUCAAAAGUACAAGUCACCUGGUAAUGCAUAUGUUGAAGGUGAUGCUUCAAGUGCUAGUUAUUUCUUAGCUGGUGCCGCCAUUACUGGUGGAACUGUCACUGUUGAAGGUUGUGGAACAAGCAGCUUGCAGGGAGACGUGAAAUUUGCGGAGGUUUUGGAGAAAAUGGGGGCCAAGGUCACUUGGACGGAAAACAGUGUGACUGUCACCGGACCACCGAGAGAUGCUUUUGGAAUGAGGCACUUGCGUGGUGUUGAUGUCAACAUGAACAAAAUGCCUGACGUGGCCAUGACCCUUGCUGUUGUUGCUCUCUUUGCUGACGGCCCGACCGCCAUCAGAGACGUGGCCAGCUGGAGAGUAAAGGAGACAGAAAGGAUGAUUGCAAUUUGCACAGAGCUUAGAAAGCUGGGAGCGACGGUGGAAGAGGGUCCGGAUUAUUGCGUGAUCACUCCACCGGAGAAGCUGAAGCCGGCUGAGAUCGACACAUACGAUGAUCAUCGAAUGGCAAUGGCGUUUUCUCUGGCUGCAUGUGCAGAUGUUCCAGUCACCAUCAGGGAUCCUGGCUGCACCAGGAAAACUUUCCCUGACUAUUUCCAAGUCCUUGAGAGAGUCACCAAGCUCUAAACCCACAUCAAAUGGCGUGUGCUUUCUGUCUUUUACCUUUGUAACGUUACAAAACUCAUCAGAGCGUCAAGAGUAUCAUUACAUUGUCUGGUGGACAUGGACAUGCCUCUUUGUAUCGAUUUUCCCAUAAUCCGAGUGAAAGUGAGAUCCGUGAA